GAGCUUUACUGCUUUCAAGCUUCCGCUGACCAUCGCCAAGUUCGCUCUUCCCGACCAAGCAGUUGCCCAAACGCAUAUCCAUACAAAAUAUUGUCGUCUUCUCAGAAGGCCUGUUUUGACGGAUCUUCGUCAAUCCUUUUUUCCCAACAUCAAACUCUCCUCCUCGCCACCGACAUCUUCGACUCCGCCCAAGAUGCCUCUCGAGGCGGUAAUGAUCGUUGUGGACAAUAGCGAGAGCAGUCGGAACGGCGACUACGCGCCCACGCGCUUCGAAGCCCAGGCCGAUGCGGUCAACAUCGUCUUCCAGAACGUCGUGCAGGGCAACCCGGAGUCGUCGGUCGGGCUGAUGAGCAUGGGUGGCAAGGGCCCCGAGGUGCUGGUCACCCUCACGGCGGACCAGGGCAAGAUCCUGGAGGGCCUGCACCGGACGAAGAAGAAGAUUAGGGGCUCUUCUCAUCUGGCGACGGGCAUGCAGGUCGCAGGCUUGGCCCUGAAACACCGACAGAACAAGGCGCAGCGGCAACGAAUCGUCGUGUUCAUAUGCUCGCCCGCCGCAGAGACCGAGGCGGAGCUGCUCAAGCUGGCCAGGAAGAUGAAGAAGAACAACAUCUCGGUCGACUUUGUGCUCUUCGGUGACGUGGACGACGACGAGAACGAGAAGAAGCUCCGGGCGUUUAACGAAGCGGUCAAGGGCGGCGAAGGCUCGCAUCUCGUCAUCAUCCCGCCCAGCGGAAAGCUCCUCAGCGACCAGCUCAUCGCGACGCCCAUACUCCUCGGCGAGGGAGCCGCGGGCGCCGGUGCCGGGGCCGCCGCGGGCGAUGCGGAUGGCGCCGCCCCGGGCGGGUUCGGCGAGUUCGACUUCGACCCGUCGGUCGACCCCGAGCUGGCCCUGGCCCUGAGGAUGAGCAUGGAGGAGGAGAGGGCGCGGCAGGAGAAGAAGGCCAAGGAGGAGGCCGAGGCGGCGGGCAAGACGCCGCUGGACUCGGUGAAGGAGGAGGGCGAGUCGGAGCCGCUGCUCGGCGAGGAUGGGCAGCCCUCUGGAAGUGGCUCAAAGGACGACGACGACAAGAAGGGCAAGGACGACAAGAUGGAUACCUCAUAAUUAUAUCCCCCCGGAAGCUUUAUGCUUCCGGCGUGCCUGCAUGGGUUUGUGAGGUCUGGCUAUAUGGAUUUGUAGAAUAGACAAACGGGACUUGGGGUAAUAAUAGCCUGCUCCAGGCAUCCUUAUCUCUUCAACUCCAGACGUCCCUUUUGCCGUGGUCCCUGAUCCAGCCCAGUCAAGCGUCCUCGCUUGACAUAACAUAACGUGAACCUCCAUCCCCCAAUACCGCAUAAGAUUC